AAAACUUUCAAAAUUUGCAAGUCUUCCUCCCAUGGAGACUGCUCAGAAAAGAAUUGCAGCAGAUGGCGAAUCCAAACUUCCAGACGAAAUCAUUCAGCACAUACAAUCUCUUAUGUCUGAAAGGGAUGCUGCUCGAACCACUCUCCUAUCCAAGUCGUGGCACGGCGCGUGGUGCACGCGCCCCAACCUCUGUCUCGACCCCUUCACGUUUCGGUAUCGCAUGGAUGAGUUCCCUAUAUUCGCGAGGAAGUCCAUGCAGAGGUAUGAAGAUUCGAACCUAAAGAUUAAGAGUUUCAAGCUAUGGGUGGAAGGUGACGACGAUUCUGAUCUGGCUAGAGAAUUGAUUUUGAAAGCCAUCAAAUUGGGGGCUACCGAUCUCACCAUUGAUGUACCGACCUGGGUUAGUAUUAAUCUACCAUACGAGGUGCUCGAAUCCGAAACCCUAGCUAGAUUAUCUGUUCAAAAUGUCAGCGUUGAUUUCAAAAAGAGGAAUAAAGCUGUAAACUCCUCCAAUCUUAAAUCCCUUCAUCUAUCCAAUGUGACUGUAAAAGGUGAUUUAAUUAGGGAUUUGAUUUCGAGAUGCCCAUCCAUUGAGGAAUUAACAUUGAGAAAUCUGAGGAGAUCAUCUCGCUUUUAUUGCGACGAUGAUACGAUGAUCGAAGUGCAUAAGCUGAUCAAACUGCAUAAGCUCAAGUAUUUGCGAUUGGAUGGUUUGCCGAUUAAAGAUGGCUUAUCUAAACAUGACUUGUGGCCUCAAUUUGCUUGCCUCAAAGAAUUGGUGAUUGAGAAUAUCAACUUGGAUUAUGUAAGAAUCUGUAGCCCAUCACUUGAGCGCAUAACCAUACACUUACAUGAGUUUAGAAACGUGAUGGUUGCAGAGUUUGAUGUUCCAAAUAUUCGAUACUUUAAGUUUGAGGGUACUAACAAAAUUCCGAGCCUCAAGUUCAGAGCAAAGGAUGGUAGGGAAUGGGAGUCGGAUAUACGCAUACAUAUACGUCCUCGUCGCUCGGGCUCGGCUACUAGUGCUUCGUGGUUCUCUUCGUUGAAGCAACUUGUGAAAAUGUUGAGCCCAUCCCGAGUUUCUCUCUCUAUAUUCAUGGGCGAUGAUGGAUAUGGAUAUGGAUAUGUGGGAGAUGGCUUAGCUACACCUGCGGUGGAGAAUUUGACGCUACGGGGUUUUGGAUUAACCAGUGUUUUUAUGGAUGCUUUACUUUGGAGUUGUUGCCCCAACUUCAUAGACAUUGAAAAAGGUUAUGCAGAGAUGGUGGAUUUGAAAGUAUACAAACAGUUGAAGAAGAAGAAGACAUUGUUAGAUGCUGCAAAGAAAAGGAAUCAUGGGGAAAUUCUUCACUUCCAACGGAAAUAGGCUAAUGGCGAUAGCAAGCAGCAAAACGACAUCGUUAUUACUGUGUCGUCGGAUGCAUGCUCCUCUCGCCGGCAGCACCAAUUCCACCUGUUUUUUUACUUGCUUAUUUUAGCAUCAUUAGUUAUUUUGUUAGACUUGAAA